GUUCUUCUCAAGUUUACUACUCAAAUUAUUUAAACAUUGACCCGCACAUUGCUGAAGUGUUUGUUAAAUAUGGAUAAAGUACCAAGAGAGAAGCAGGAUUCUUCGUUGGAGGGUGUGUUACGGUUUGCAAUAUCGCAAUCAGAUGGGAAUGCCACUGACGCUCCGGUUGAGGAAAUGGAUAACGAAAGAAAGGAGUUCUUGAACAAUGUUUUAAAAUCUAUGUCUUCCAAUGUCAGCGAUGAACUUAAAAACUCUGUAAAAGUAUUAUCUGAACCGUCUGCAAAUAAUUCAGAAAAAUUAGAUGCACUUGCUUUUAUACGUGAUAACGCCGAUAAUAUUGAUUUCGCUAAUGCCUUUGCGAAAACUGGUGGAACAAAAGUUUUGAUUGAAUGCAUUGAAGCUGAAGAUACUGAAAUUAGUUCCAAUGCAAUUUAUAUAGUUGGCGAAAUGGCGCAAAAUAAUCCUUUUUGUCAACAGCAUUUCAUUGAUGCCAGAGUAGUACCUUUACUUACUUCACAAUUAGAUCGUGAAGAGGUUGUUACUUGCGCUGCUUUAUAUGCUCUUUCAGCAAUUUGCCGGAGCUAUAAACCAGGAUGUAUGGAAUUUAUUAAAAAUAAUGGUGUUGAGGUCCUGCUUAUAAGUUUACGUUCACCUAACUCAAAAAUUUUUAUUAAGAGUGCGUUUUUAAUAAGUGUAUUAUCUUCGGAAUACCCAAAUUUUCGUGAUCAAUUAGCCAAAACUAAUGCAAUGGAGUUACUGGUCAAUAAUAUUGAGAAUUUGGUAGGUUUCGAUAUGAAACUUGAUGCAGUCCUUCGGGCUCUUUCGCAGCUUACUGGUAGUACUAAGUGGAAUUUGAGUUCUUCGACGCAAUUAAAGUUAGAGCAAUCCUUAAAGACAAUAAUAGAACGUGACAAUAACCUAGAUGCGUGCAAGGAAAUGGUCGAGUAUGCCGAAAAGAUUCUAAAGAAUAUAAAAUCACAUGUACUUUAAAAAUUAUAUUUUUUAAACAGUUAACUAUUAAUAAGAACGCUUUUAUACAUUAUGUACAAAAAAAGAAUUACUUAACUAAACAAAA